GACAACCCCAUCCCCAUCACCACCACACUCCUCACAACAACACCAUCACCAUCACCACCCCCACCACCCGAACCCCACAACCCAAAGGCUCACCCCUCUCUUCUCAGAAUCAGGAUCAGACCCAGAAUCAGACCCAGAAAAAGAAUCCGCCAAAAUGACCCGCAAGAAGAAAUCCCAAGCCCGCAAGAUAAUCACCAGGCGCGGAGAUCUUCCCAAGAAACCACCACCCCCGCAACCGCAACCGCUACCACCACGACUACCAGGCCCGAUCCCCUCCAUCGAAACACCCACCGGUCUAGCUCGGGCUCCAGCUCCAGCUCCAGCUCUCGCUCUAGCGCCAGCUCCAGCUCGACCAAACGCGACCAACCCACCCCCGAAAUCCCACUUCGCAUUCUCCUGGUGGCGCAACCCAAUGGGAAGCGAGAUUUUGCGCGGCCAGCUUGCUCACGGCAGUAGCGGUCAGCUUGUCCAAAGCAAUAGCGGUCCGAUUCCUCAAGGCCAUCGUGGUCCAACCGCCCAGAGCCACAGCAACCAGGCCGGUACAGGGACAACUGGCAACGGCAACUACGGCACCGGCUGCAUCAUCAAGCGCGAGGACGGCGGAUAUCACGAAUACGAAUACUUCACUCCAGCCCCAGCCUAUCACACGGCGUAUGUUGGUGGUUUGGGGAGUACUCCGAUGUAUGCCAAUGGAUAUGCGGGCGGGUGUGGGACUGGUAUUAUGGGUGAUGGUGGUGGUCAUCAGCUGGGGGGUCUGGGGGGUCUGGGGGUUGGUGUGAAGGAGGAGUUUAAUGGUGUGUCGUAUGGGGGAGAUGUGGGCUAUGGGGGGGAGGAUGUCAAAUUGUUCAGGGAGGAGGGCAAGCUGUUCAGGGAGGAUGUCAAAUCGUUCAGGGAGGAUGUCAAAUCGUUCAGGGAGGAGGGCAAAUCGUUCAGGGAGGAGGGCAAAUCGUUCAGGGAGGAGGGCAAAUCGUUCAGGGAGGAGGGCAAGUCAUUCGGAGCAGGUCAUGGGGACGAGUACCGCCAACCGUUCAAGGCAGAGUACGAGCACGAGCGCGGCAAGGCAUAUGACACCAAUACCAACACCGGGGCAGGGCACGGCGCAGAAGCAGGAUACCACCCAGCUUCCGCGAUGUCUUACGUCUCAGGGCAUGGGCCUGCUGCCUCCUCCGCCACCCAUAAUGCGGGAUAUACUGGGCUCAUGAGCAGAGACGGCGACGGUCCCAGUUACGGCGACGACAAUGACAUCCAACCCAUGGAUCCUCGCCAUCUCGAAGAGACCGACAGCGUGAAGAGCACCACCCCCGAUCUGACUCGCAAUUGUGUAUUCUGCGGCAGGAAUGGGCAUUCGACUGGGGCGUGUCCGGAGAGGUGGGGGAAUACUGAUAAUGGUCGUAAUGACUCGAGAACUCAGGCACCUGAACUAGGUACUGAACGAACCAGAACCACGCGAAACCGGACGCGAACUAUCCAGCGCAAAUUACGACAGCGCCCGGGGAGGGAGACACAGAAGGAGGUGGAGGAGGAGCGGGAGAAGCUGGAUGCUCUCCUUCGCGAGGCUCAGGAUCUGGAGGAACGUACUUCGCAACUGCUGACUCGAGACGACCCGCCGGUGGACUUGGAUGAUGUUCUACGCCGGAUUAUUGAGGAUAUGAAGUGA